AUGAUGAAAAAAUAUAUUGUUAGUUAUGGUAAUAAUUAUGGAUAUUAUAAUUCAAAUAAACAAAUUAAUAUUUUAGAUGAUACAAGAAAGGAAGUUCUUUAUGAAUGUUAUUUAAAUCCAAAGAAUAGGAAAUGUGAUUUUUAUAAAUAUAAUUCAAAUAAUCCAAAUAAUAAUAAAUAUGAUAAAAAUAAUGAAAAUUUUAAAAUUGAAGAUUGUUACUCAAUAAAAGAACCAGAAUUAAAAGAUGAUGAAUUAUUUAAAAUUGAAAAAGAGAGUUUCCUAUCCCUUCAUUCAAAACAUUUAAUCUUAAAUAAAGAAAAUCAAUUAAUAUCAACAAUGGAAAGGAAAACAAGAUUAUUUUCUCAUUCAAAUUAUAAUUUAACAAUGAUAAAUGGUCAACAAUAUUUUAUAAUUCCACCAAAAUCAAAAGUUAAUUUUGGUGGUUUUGAAAUUUAUGAUGGUGAUAAAUUAAUUGGAAAUGCUUGGUUUGGAGUAAAUUAUGAAUUAUUUUUAAAUGAACAAUAUGAUGAGCCAUUCUUUUUAUUAGUUUCAAUUAUUGCCAAUAACUUCUUUUCUUCUAUUACUCCAAGUAGAAGAAAAAUGAGAUCAUUUAAUAAAAAUCCCAAUUUCAUUAGCAGUGGAAGUAACGGAAUGAAUUGGGGUGGUUCUUUGAACACUUGUGACUCUGGAGGAUUCAAUAGUUUUGGUUGCGACAGUGGCGGUGGUGGCUUUGGUUGCGACAGUGGUGGUGGUGGUUUUGGUUGCGACAGUGGUGGUGGUGGUUUUGGUGGCUGUGAUAGUGGAAGUUCAUUUUAA